AUGGAUACUCUUGCCCGUAUCGACCCCAGGUUUCAAUACCAGAACGUCAUCCUCAACGGGGUUAAGUACAACUAUAUCCACGCAAAGCUGUCGUCAGAAAAGGUAGCAGGCACUGUUUUUCUCGUUCACGGAUGGCCUGACUUAUCUCUGGGAUGGAGCAACUACAUUCCCUUCCUCCUUUCUAGGGGAAUGAGGGUUGUCGCCUUGGAUAUGAUGGGAUACGGAGGAACUGAAUCACCUGAGAAUCCUAGCUUUUAUACAUUCAAGUGUGCCUUAGAUGAUAUUGCUGCCCUUGCGAGCUAUCUUGGCCUGUUACGUAUUGUUUUUAGUGGAUACGACUUUGGUGGUGUGGUCUAUUGUACUGCUAUGUGGCACCUAGAGCUUGUUGCUGUCCUCUACGUCCUUAAUACGCCCUUUGUGCCCCUGGUAGCUACUUUCACUGAUCUGGCUGUUAGCUGGCCUGGGUUUUAUUACUAG